UCUUUGGUGCUGAAACCUCUCUUUUUGUCUAACCAUCGUCUGUUACUCUGCUCUGGAUCUGAUGGUUCUGAGAGGAGACGUCUCUAAUUCUCUCUGCCCAACCAAAAAAUGCCUCAGAUUUUCUCCUAAGAAACCGCGCGAGUAUCUGAAUCUCCUCGCCUCCCACAUUUCGAUACACUGAGAGGCUUGUGAUGGAUGUUUGCUGACAUGAGGGAACCUUAAUUUUUCCAAUUUAUGUAAUAUAAGCAAGAGAUGAAAGGUGGAAACAUCGUUAGGCUGAGGGGGGGACAUAUUUCCAUUGCUCUGGUUGCUCUUAUGUUCAUGUCCAUUUUGUUAUGGGCUUGGGAUAAAAGUUAUUUUGCCAGUUUACUUCCGUUGACAAGAGAGAAGUUUAUGAUGCCAGUUUCAGAAUAUGUAGUGGACUUGUCAAAUAGUUCCUCAACAUCAAGUGAGCCUAAGGAUGAAAUGGCUAAGCCAGAGGAUAAAAUGGAGGAAAGAAGUAAUAAUAUCAACGAAAAAGAAAAAGAAAAACCGGGAGAAAGUACAGACUUCUCUGAUGCUGAUUCUGUCUUCAAGUCCACUCCUGAAUUAAAAGAAAAUAAAGAGGGCGUCACCUUGUCUCCUUCCACAAAAGUUUGCAACUACGCCAAAGGUAGAUGGGUUGAGGACAGCAGGCGGCCCUUGUAUUCUGGAUUUGGAUGUAAACGAUGGCUGUCAAUAAUGUGGGCUUGUAGACUUACAAAAAGAAAGGACUUUUCAUAUGAAGGAUAUCGGUGGCAACCGGAGAACUGCGAAAUGCCGGAGUUUGAGCGCUCUGCAUUCUUGAGAAGAAUGCAGAACAAAACACUUGCAUUUAUAGGAGAUUCCUUGGGUAGGCAGCAGUUUCAAUCUUUAAUGUGUAUGCUGACCGGUGGUGAAGAAAGUCCCGAAGUCGAAGAUGUAGGAGGAGAAUAUGAUCUCGCCAAGCCUCCUGGAGCUCUUCGUCCAGAUGGAUGGGUUUAUCGGUUUCCAAACACAAACACCACCAUUCUAUAUUACUGGUCAGCAACACUAUCUGAUCUAGAACCUCUUAAUAGAUCAAAUCCAGCAACAAAUAUCGCGAUGCAUUUGGACCGACCCCCGGCUUUGAUGAGAAAGUUCCUCCACCGGUUUGAUGUGUUGGUUUUAAAUACAGGACACCAUUGGAACAGGGGAAAGCUUCAAGGAAAUAGGUGGGUGAUGUAUGCUGAUGGAAAGCCAGUAGAAGAAGAGAAGCCUUUAGAUAUGGGGCUUGCCAAGAACUUGACUGUGUACAGCAUUGUCCGAUGGCUCGAUUCACAACUUCCCCUGCAUCGUCGUAAUCUCAAGGUUUUCUUUAGAACAAUUUCGCCGAGGCAUUUCUUCAAUGGGGACUGGAACACCGGAGGAUCAUGUGAUAAUAUGAUUCCAAUGUCGGGCGGGAGCGAGGUUGUGCAAGAUGGAUCUAGUGACACUGUUGUUGAAAGUGCCUUAAAGGGUACCAAGGUAAAGAUCCUGGAUAUAACUGCCAUCUCUCAGUUGCGAGACGAAGGUCACAUGUCACGCUACACUCGUAGAGCGAUUCUAAACACGAGUGAUUGCUUGCAUUGGUGCUUGCCUGGCGUACCCGACACGUGGAAUGAAGUUCUAAUCGCACAGAUAUAGUUUUGCAUCAUUCUCAAGGAGAUUUCAUCAUUCAUUAUUAUGGUCUAAGAAGGCCAGAGUAUACAAGAUUCUUAGAAAAUGACUGUAGCUGAGAAUUUUUCAAUCUACACCAAUUAGGCUGCCUGAAAGUACUCUUGAAAAGGAUGUUACUUUUAAUUUUACCAAGUAUUACACGAAGCAAAGAAGCCGAGUUAAUUCGACUGGUAGCACGAGAUUAGUUUCGAUACCAUUUUAUUUAUUCUCAAAUGUCUACUAUUCUUGGCAACAAAUUUGACUCAUAUGAUCCAUUUGGUGAAGUUGGUUCUCCUAGUUGAAGCAACCCGAUAGAGUUGAAAGGCGAAUCUCUUCUAGAACAGCCUUCCUAUGUCGAUGUGUAUUGUUCAACUCGAGGAACCUUGUUACAUCAACUGAAAUUUGAAUGAUGGAUUUCAGAUUGUUUAUAAACUCUUUUGAUUUGUUGGAAUAUCAUUCUUUUCUAUGGAUCAAAAGUGUUCAUCGA